UUGGGACAACAAUCGUCCGGUUCCACCAAAUGUCAUCUAUAUGGGUGGCUUACAUCAAAAACCUCUGAAAAAGUUACCAACGGAUCUAAAUACGCUUCUGAUUCUUCAGUAAACGGCGUCAUAUACUUCAGUUUAGGCACUAAUGUAAAUCCAUCUUUGUUACCUCCAGAAAAAAUACAGAUAUUUUUAAAUGUUUUCUCUCGACUACCUUACGAUGUCUUGUGGAAAUGGGAUUCGAAUGCUCUAAACAACAUACCCAAAAAUAUAAAAAUAAUGAAGUGGUUUCCUCAAUCUGACCUACUAAGACACUCAAAAGUUAAACUUUUCAUAACACAAGGUGGAUUGCAAUCAACAGAUGAAGCAAUAACAGCAGGUGUUUCGCUUAUUGGAAUACCUAUGCUUGGGGACCAAUGGUACAAUGUUGGACAGUAUGUUCGUCAUGGAAUAGGAAUAAAACUCGACUUGGAAACUUUAACAGAGGACAUAUUAGCAGCAGCUAUAACGGAUGUAAUUGGAAACGAUAGCUAUCGUCGCAAUAUUCAACGCCUCCGGUCAUUAAUGCAUGACACGCCACAAAGUCCACUAGAGCGAGCAGUGUGGUGGACAGAGUAUGUGCUGCGUCACGAAGGAGCUGAGCAUUUACGGGCCCCUGCUGCGAACUUAACUUGGAUAGAAUAUUAUGAAGUUAAACUACUUUUAAUUUUAUUAAUUUCUCUCUUUUUUGUUAUUGGACUAUGUGUCAUUGCAUUGUACUAUUUGCUACAUUUUUUUUCAACUAAGGCAUUAGUAAAUCAGAAAGUAAAAUCAAAUUAA